AUGGAAGUUGUAGUUAUUUUGCCUUGUGAUCCAGAAAUAACCUUUUCAUUUUUCAGAAUUCUCAGUGAAAAUUAUUUGACUGAAUUACGUAAGGACUCAUUUGAAGGCUUGCUAUCCCUCCGGUAUUUAAUUCUCAGUCGUAAUCCUUUGACAACAGUUUAAGAUUCUUAUCUUUUUAAAUUGCCAGCAUUAAAAUAUUUAGACAUGGGAACAACACAAGUGUCACUUAGAACAAUUGAAAGCAUCCUCAUGAUGAACCUUGAAUUGGAAAAACUGAUCUUACCUAGCCGUUUGGCCUGCUGCCUCUGCCAAUUUAAAAAUACUAUUGAGGUUGUCUGGAAGACAGUAAAGCUGCACUGUGACAGUGAAUGCCUGACAGAUAUGACACAUUGUGAUGAAGAAACAUCUAUAAGGAAUGCUGGAGGAUCGUUGAUGAAGGUGUUAGAAGCCCGGAAGAAGCACAACAGCACCGAGCUGUUUAUUGAGUCAGAGAGGGCAUCCUCAGAUAAAAGUGCUGUCAGCUUGUCAGGCUUCAUGAAUGAGCAGCUGGACUUUAAUAAUAACAGCGAUAUUAUCAGUGCACUAAAUUAUAUACUACCAUAUAUCUCAGAGGGAAAUCUAGGAGAUGUGGAAUCAAUAUUAUUACCAUUUAUUCAACUUCUUUUUUCAAACAACAGCCUAGCAGAGAUUGAGAGUACAGAGGAGAAGCUGUUGAGAGUGAACAGGAUCCAAGGCCCAAGGGGCAUACAGAAAAUGCACCUCAAAGCAGUGGGAGAUGAGAGCGUCAGGAGGAAACAGAAUGCCCAGCCAUCUGUGGCGAACACUGCCGAAGAACGAGGGCUCAGGAGGCCAUCCCCAAGAAAGCUGAAACAGUUUCUCAUGGUGCCGAGGCCCAGGAAGCUGGUGGGAAAGUCCUCCAAUGUAGAGUCUUCAUUCAUAAAGGAACCCGAGGCAGCAGGCUCUUCUUCCCUGAAACAGUACUUCAAGGGCAGGCCUUCUGCCUCCAUCCCUCCAAAAUCCCCAUCUGAUGGAAAAAGAAAAUCAAAAGACUUAUCCAACACUAUAUGUGUUUUAGCAGAUGCAAAGGGUACAGUUAGAAAUAUUAAGGCUUUUGUACUAAUCUCACAUUCUGGAAAAAAAUACAUCUUCCAUAAAACUUGGCCUCAUCGGGUCCACAGAAAACCCAAAGUCAAAAGGAGUUGAAAGUUCAGAAAGAAAAGUUCACUCAACAGAAUGAUGCGUGCAAACUUUCCAUUCUCUGUAGUGAUGAGUCUCAUAAAUGAAAAUCCUUCUCCAGAAUUAUUUUCUCUUUCAGACCCUUCUACAGAAAACACUACUUCAGAAAACAAUACUGCACAGAAUGUUUCUGAAGAAAUUAUUUCUACAGGAAACUCUACUCUGCCAGGAGGAACUAGCCUUGGAAACACUACCCAUAGAAACGUCUCCACUGCACAUUCUGCUGUUGCUACUGACAACAGUAUGGCAACUGUUCAACACACCAACGAAACACAUUGGGAGCACAAUAGCACGGGCACUGAAUUCUCCUCUAAGCCCUCAGGCUUCACUUUCCCAGGGCUCACAUCCCCGGGUGAUCAAGUGGAAACUCAGCUAAACCAGCAUCUGUGUUCCCUCAUCCCCAACAAUGACGUGGGAAAGCUCAUUCCUCUAGUUAUCCAGACUUCGAAAAUGGACUGCUCGGAGACCCACGUGCGGCUGGGCUGUGCCAACCUUAUCUCUAGAACAGGCCUCCUGAUGAAGCUUCUCAGCAAGCAGCAAGGAGUAAAGGUGUCCAAAGCAAAAUGGGAUCCGGACCAGUGGAAAGCUGACAACUGUAUCAGUGAGAGCACAGAAGCCCAGAGUGAGCAGAAAGAGCAGGAGUCAAGUGAGCUCACAAAAGAAGUUCCAGGUUAUGGCUAUAACAACAAACUCAUCUUGGCAAUAUCUGUAACUGUAGUAGUGACGAUUUUGGCUACAAUUCUCUGUCUCAUUGAGAUUUAUUCUCAUAGAAUUGCAAAAGAGGAAGAUAAAGAAGCAGAAGCAGAAUUAGCUCCCCAGCCCAAGCUGAGUUAG